ACCCAAGCCUAGGUUAUUAGACAGGUAGAAUUCUGGUUGCUGGGCUUAUUUCUGAUUUAACUACUCUUUUUCUCUUACCCUUCAACUUAACUGUCUUAUCUCCAAUUCCCCUCUUUUUGUUCUCUAAUCAUGGCAGGUAACAAGAGAAAAAGGAUCAAAUUGUUGUCGGUGGCUAUCAGAGAUGAGAGAAUAACAGCUUCUGUUGAUAUGCCAACCUGGUCUGAUCUUCCUGCUGAGCUCUUAGAAUUGGUUCUUUCUCAUUUGAACCUUCGGGAGAACAUCCGUUUUUCAGCGGUUUGUAAGAGAUGGCACUCGAUAGCUGUUUCGGUACGCAUAGUGAACCAGCCCCCUUGGAUUAUGUAUUUUCCGAAAUUUGGCAAUCUGUAUGAAUUUUAUGACCCUCUAUGCCGUAACACUUAUUCUAUUGAAUUGCCAAAGUUGAGUAAAUCCAGAGUUUGUUACACAAAGGGUGGUUGGCUACUCUCUUACAAACCUCGAACUCACCGGCUUUUCUUUUUUAAUCCCUUUUCCGGGGAAUUAAUUAAGUUGCCUAGAUUUGAAAUUAGUUGCCAAAUAGUUGCAUUCUCUUGUGACCCGAAAUCUCCUGAUUGCGUAGUCUUCACGGUGAAGCAUGUAAGCCCUACUGUUGUUGCCAUAAGUACUUGUUCUCCCGGGGCAACAGUAUGGACCACCGCCAAUUACCAAAAUCGUCUGCCUUUUGUUAGUAGUAUUUGGAACAAAUUGGUUUUCUCCAACGGGCAAUUUUAUUGUCUUAGUCUAACUGGAUGGCUCGGGGUUUUUGACCCAAAAGAGCUUACCUGGAAUGUUCUUGUGGUGCCUCCUCCUAGAUGUCCUGCAAACUUUUUUACCAAAAACUGGUGGAAAGGAAAAUUUUUGGCGGAACAUGAUGGAGAAAUUUUGGUAAUCUAUACCUGUUGUAGUGAUUACCCCAUCAUUUUUAAACUCGAUCAGGCGAGUAUGGUAUGGGAAGAAGUAAAAACCUUAGACGGGAUUACUCUCUUUGCAAAUUUUCUUUCAUCACAUUCUAGAACCGAUCUCCCUGGAAUAAUGAGGAACAGUGUUUAUUUUUCUAAAGUUCGUUUCUAUGGUAAACGAUGCAUAUCAUACUCCCUCAAGGAUUGUAGAUACUAUCCUCGAAAGCAAUUCCAUGAUUGGGGAGAGCAAGAUCCUUUUGAGAGCGUUUGGAUUGACCCGCCCGAGGAUCUUUCAAUCUUCACGUGAUGCAUGACAAAUCCUGUAAAUUAAGUCUCAGUUACAUUACCAAAUUUGUGGAAUUCACAAAUGCCCUGUGCCCCAAUUUGUCUGGAAUACUCAAUGAUAAGGAGCAACUGUAAGAGAUUCAGACCCCUUAGAUGUUGGAUCUUAAUAAAAGUACGACAGACGACGCGUUUAUGAGUCAUAGAUGUUUUUUUCUCAUAGAUGGUUUAACAGUGAAUAAAACAUUUUGAGCAAGUGCUUUAGAAGAGAAUACUAGUACAGACAGUAGUAGCACAGCUCAGUUUUUUUUGGUUUGUGUAAAUUUAAGAGAUAGCUUACCAUAUGGUGUUUUUAGUAUAUUGAUUUAGAGGACUUGUGUCUGUUUUUCUAGACAAUUAGAAGUGUAUUGUGUUAAGCUUUGAUAUAAUGCAUUGUAUGGGAACACUCUUUUAAGAUCACAACUUGAACUAACUCUCUUCAUAGUUUUCACCCUUUCAAGUGAAUGCUAGCAAUAGUCUCCGUGAUUGCC